CCGCGCAAUUCUGCUUCUCAAUAGGCCUUGAAUGCCUGAUGAUGCCAUAGCUCGAUGUUUUCUGAAGAAAGCCAGCACAUCAUUUUGUCUCGUCGUAUCUGCGUGGCCUCUUCCAUUGCAAGUCUGGCUGCCGUCCUCGACACAUGUCAUACAUGUCAUGGUUCGUUUGCAUGCGCGGCCUGAACCAACGUCUUUCCCAUGCCUCAAAGGACGUCCGGUUCUCAAUGGAACGACCGUCCGCCGGCUCCAUGCUUCUGCCCUCAACCUUGUCAGGCUCGAUCAGCGCGCAACCAGGUGUGAACCCGGGGUUUCGUUCAUGAUCCCAGAUUUGCUUUGCCCAUUGCAUUCUUUUCGAUCCAUCUGGCAUUCUUGAUCCAUCAUUUCCGGUCUCUGGAUCGCGCAUCUACUUCCAACGCCUCUCAAGCAAACAUUGUGGCUACCAUGUGGCCACCCCAGGGGAGGACGCAGAUUCGGUUCGUGUCGAUAUUCGAGGCGGCCUGGACGGUUGCAGAUUUAGUGUCAAGCUUGGUUUUCGAUUUCGAAAGGAGUCUCCAUGGAGAUCCGACUUCUGGUGCUUGAUCUUCCUGAUUGACCUUCUCUCAGAUCUUGCCUUGUCGUACUACCCGUGCAGUUGACCUUUUAUUUGUUUGACCUCCACUGUAGAAACAACUGACGGCCGUCGUCGGCUAGGAUGCGACCUAGGUAGGGGUCUUUCUGCAAAUUCUGGUACGUGUUCCUUGAGAAGUCGGUGUGUUACUUGGGGUAUCGCCUGCUUGCAGUCCCCGGGAAGACGACGGCAUGAUUAGCAUUCAGACUGCGGGCAGCAGGGUUGUCAGCACCUCCAGUCUUCCAGACAAAGAAGAUGACAGCAAAAGGUCGUUCCAUGUAGGACGUGUACGACAUGUUCCACCAUCAAUGGAGGAGAACUCCCCUCCAUGAUCUAGCAGAUAAGUACCCCCUAUGGGAUUUCUUUGUUCAGCCUGAUUGCUCUCAAUCGUGCCUUGACCGUACAUUCGCCAACCCACUCAACGUGACGGUUUCCGCGUGUUUGCUUUUUUUUCUGGCUUGGGGACUUGAUCGAUGCUUAUGACCAUAGGAAGUCAACCGACGACCACUGAACAUUGUGAUGCUCUUCAACAGUGUGAUGAUGAUGGUUGUGGCCUUUGGCUAGCCAAGACUUGUCUGACUCCUGAGACAGUCCACGAGGGUCUGGAAUCGAUCGUCGCAGGGCAGGGGAAGAAGUUGCAGGCGAAUAAACAAGAGGAGGAGGGAGACAAGGAAGACGACAUUCCCCGGAGGAAGAAUCGAAUUCACUUCGACCUCAGACUGCGGCUUCGACUGCGACUGCGACUGCGCCAACGCCGGCGACUUGAACACAGGCGACUCGGACAAUUGGAACUUGAACACCAGCAACAACAGCAACAGCAACUUGGACAUCGAUCAAUGGGCAAAGCGCACGGGAAGGCUCCCAGACUUCACUUCACCCUCUCUCCUACAUUCACAUUCGUUUCACCGCGCGUUUGCUGUAGGUUUGGCAUGAAUAGAAAAGUCCACUUUACUGUUUGCAUCAGUUUGGGUUUUCCUUACCGUGUAAUGUCCCUUCACAUCACCAUUUCCACUGCCAUCAGAGCCGUCGACGACAACCAGGUCUGCUCUACUCUACCUCUCCACCACAAGGGACGACGCUUUUCUCAUCGCUCCGUUGCCUUCCGUCCCUCUGCUUCCGUUCCGCCUUCACCUCUCCCUCUACACUCCAUCCUCGCCUCUCUCCUGUCUCCUAUCCAAUCAUGGCGGUUUGGGAAAAGGUCCUGAAAGUGGUCGGCGGUCGUGCGCUGGCCGAGAAAAGCGAACAAAAGCGACUGGAGCGCGAGUAUGAAGAUGCCGCAGCAGCCCUCAAGCUCAUCACGGUGGUGGCCAAUGAGCCACGGAUUGAAUAUCCUGUUAGCCGUCCGUCCUCGAUCUACAGCAACCCGAUUCCCGAACGUCGCAAGCCUACCGAAAGAACCUUGCACCCUCCCAAGAAACCCGUCUACGAGCGAUGCGCCUCGAGCCCUGUCAUUCCAGUCUUCGCCAAACAACCGACUCUGGCGGGUCCACCCGACAUUACGGCUCGUGACCUCAACUCGGAAGACCUGAAGAGGAACUACAGCUGCGACAAUGUCUGGAACGUCAAAGACCAGCCUCUUCCUCCCCUGCCCCAGAUGACGGGAUUUGGAAGGUACCGAAGGGCGGUGAAUGCAUCUGUUGAGUGGCAGCUCGAGCAUCUCCAUCACAACCUCCAUGAUAUGGGCGCGGUGAUUGUGAACCACCUUGGAGAUUGUCCUCCAGCUGGGUUGGACCCUGAAACCUGGCAGGGAUACCGAGCUCGCCAUUCACGUGCGAGCAGCACAGCGAGCUCUCGCAGUUCCAGUUCCGGACCUGCCGUAACGACUCCGGCCGUGGAAUACUUGGACACGGCGACUGGUACCCGGGUCAGCCGUGGGUUCUUCCCAUCCGCCACUUCGAGCGCCGCAAGCUCCCUUAAAGAUGGGUCGGGCUACUACCGACGAGACUCGAAUAUGUCUAAGCCCAAUUCGACGAGCCCAGCCAGUGACGGGGAUACCAAAUAUAAGCGACGUCCCGUCAGCCGCGGGUCACCAUAUCGACACACGAGCACCACUUCAAUGAGCCCUUUGACGGCUAUCAGCGAAACACAGGAGGCUCAUCACUAUGUUCCUCGCAAGAUCGAAAAGCCCUGUGAGUUUGACGAGGAUGGCGACGCGGAGAAUGCCGUGGCUUCGGAUGACGAUGACGAGUUUGAUUGCGACUGGACCGACAUGUUGGAGGUUGGUGGUGGUGCCAAUACUAGCAAUCUCACCAGGGGCCUUGAACGAAUUUCGUCAGCACGGGCUAUGGGCAAUGCCAGACUGGCUUUGACCAGACAGCGUACCAAUUCUUCAGAACGACCCAGAUCACGAGCGGCAAAGCGAGCGGUACCUGACCGGUCCAAGACUAUCAAAGCGGUAACACGUCCGGCACAGCGUCGUAUUCUGUCGAGAAAACAGUCGGAUACCGCACAUGCCGUCCAGGCAGCAAUUCUUCAGCAAACCAAAGGAGAGGAGACGUCGAAGCAUGAAGCUGAAAAUGGAAAUGGAAAUGGUCGUGGUCGGAGCACUGCGAGAGUGCCGGCCCAACCGGGAAAGCCAUCCAUCGCAGAGCCUUUGUCAAAAGCAGGAAACCAAUCUGUUGCAGAGAAGAAGACUAUUUUGGCUGUCAAGGACGGACAAACGACCUGUGACACUUUAUCUCCAGCAAGUACAUUGCAGCUGCCGGCCAGGGCAAACCGAGAAAGAUCGAGCACCGUGCUAAGAAUACAGCGCCAGGAACCUCAGGUGGCACACGAAGCCACGGAAAACAAAGCAAGAUGAGGAACGAACCUUUGACAGGAGGCCUGAAGGCACACCAAGAUCCCAGUGGCUCCUACGAUGCCAUGGUUGUGGACAGACCAUUCGUCUCCACGUUGACGACAUGCAACCACAACCGGAAUCACGACGGGGUUUAGGACGCGCGCGGCAUAUCGGCAAAGAGCAGGGACCAGCGUCGACGACUACUUUUCACCAUUCGGGCAUGGACGAGAAAUGAACUUGAAAUAUGGGACAAUUUGCUCUUUCGGGUGUACAUUGCGAAUCAACAAAGCGGUGGUAAUGGAUUUUUCGGGGCGGAGGAGAUAAUGAGCAGACCACGCACACAAUCCAACAAGGCAUUGCACCACAACUCGGCCGCCCAUAACCAACAAAGCAUGCACACCAUUCAGCAGAGGCAUUCCUCUGUUGGAUAGCUUGUGCUUGCUUGUAGGGGUUCAGGGGGCAGGUCAUGCACUAUUCUACGGAAUGGAGAUGGGCGACCGCUUUCCCUCUGCAUACGAAUUUCGGGGCAAUCAUGUGUAUCAUGGGCUUGCACAAACGAACCGCAAUAGUGGUUCUUUUUUCUUUCGGGAGCAAGUCAACAGCAAGGACAAUUGUACAGAGCUUGCAACAAACAUCGUCUGCGCUUGACAGAUCGAGUUCUGUCACUGCUCACAAGCGAAACGGACAGAAAUCAGGUUCGGCCAGAAACAAACAACAGCACAAUUGAAGGGCCUGACUCAGGCUUACUCGAUGGGAGUACGGCGCUCAGAUACCUAACAGGUACUGGUACUAGGUGGUUAGUUAGGACUGCCAGCCUUGCCAUCAUAUGCAGUAUGUUGCUGUUUUUGAGAUAUUUUCAAUGCUUUUCAAACAUGGCAUCACUUCGAUCCAUCCACAUCCAUCUGGCUUGACUUGACUUGGUCUUUUGUUGCUUGAUUUCUCUAUGCUAUCUAUCUUAUCUUCAAUGUGUCUUUGUGAGUCCUCUCCUCUUCCAUACUGCUGGCGCUCAUUGCAAAUGUACAAUCAGAUGAGGACGAGCUUCACAUUGCUUCUACAAUUGUAGCAUAGGUACUGCCACAGUGAUCGGCUGGGUACUCUCAGAUCCUCAGAUCCUUUUCCCCAGUCACCCAGUCACUUACCCUCGCGGAGACGCUGGCGCUUACUCACUCACUUCGACACUACGUAGCUUUCCCAAGCAAAAAGUCCACCACAAAGUCCGCCACCUCCUCCGGCUUUUCAACCAUCGGCAAAUGCCCCGCGUCCUGAAUCACCUUGAACAGCGCUUUCGACUCAUGGUUGCUCUCCGCCUCCGAACCCAACUGUCCCGCCAACGCCUCCAUACUCUUGGGCAACACGCCAUCUUUGGCCCCGACGAGAAACGCACCCUUUUUGACCCCCCAAUCAUCGUGUUUAUUGUACUUUUUCACCAGGUCCAUGUAAUCGUACCCAAACAGAGCCGCGACACCACGUCGGAACUCGGGCAGUGAAUUCGUCGCCACCAUGUUUUUGACGCGUGCGAUUUCAGAGACCAGGUCCGGGUCUGUGU